UUCGCACAAUGUCAAGAAUCUGAUGCUCUUGACGAGCACUGGCUGACGCUCGUGGAUCCGAUGCAAGCUUGCGAAUAUGUCCAAUCUCACAGCCUUGGAAACCGUACUGCGAGCAGUGAACUUGUGCAUGGCAUUAAAUUCUGUAAUGCGUCGUGCCGUGGACAGUAAGUCACGAAUUUUUCAGGCCUGCAUCUGACCUUUCCCCAGCCGAUGGCACCUACGCGAACCUUCGGUAGGGCACUAUGGAAUCUGCUGGUGCUUAGGGGCGAGUCCUUCUUAUGCUGGAGCAAGACCUUUGAUGCACUAUGUCGAAGCGCCUCACGCAGAGCCAGAAGCCUCGAUGCGACGAGAACACUCCGAGCGUGAUCACUGUGGCAGUUUCUAGAGGAUGUUAGUCUCGCACCGUUCUCUGCGACACAUGCGAAAGAGGGGCCUCCGGCAUUCGAACGGACAAGAAUGCUUUGCUAUCACUGAUCGCACUCGCGAGGUCCGGUUCCAGCGAGAAUGCAGGGCGUUGUUUGCUGCGCUGAUUGAACGCGUCGCCUGCCGUAUCUAAAGGCGAAGUCAAACGGCUGGCUGGCUGGCUGCCUCAGUCGACCAACACGGCGACACACUCACAUCACAGCCUCAGCCUGCCUGUUCCGACUACCACUGACUCCACACACGCGAGAGGCAUCGCGUUCACACGCCAGCGGAUCUUCCACCCGCGCACAACUCGACCUCCCCAAAGUCGACCAUUGCUGGACGACCUCCAUCACCCACCGCCGCCAUGCAGCGGUUCACCGUCGCCAUCGUCGACUCCACGACACCUGGCACGGCUCUAACACUUGCUGUGCCAUUCGACCCAAGUGCGCCGGUGUCCGCCUUCAUUGAAGAGCUUUUCAGACGCGCCGCAAAGCAGGGCCUGGAGCUGGCCCCAGACACUCACAUCGCCGCGCUCCAUCUUGAUAGCGAGACUGGCGCCAUCAUCGAUCCCGGAGACCUCCUCUCCGACGUGGUCACGGACAGCAGAAAUGACAAGCUUUUUGCCGUCUUUACCAGACAAGGGGCGCCGCGCUCUGGCUCUGACACUGAGGGCGUUCGUCACCAACUCGAAACUAGCCGACUAGUAAAUGGUGACAAUGGCCUGGUCAUUCGCUUCAUCACGCCGAAUCUGGCGAAGAAGAGUAGACUUUCGUUGCCAACAGUCACCAUUUCCAAGUCAGCCACUGUCAAAGAACUACAUGAGCUUGCUGCCCAUCAGUUGGGUCUAUCGACUGUCUUCGCCAAGGGAAAAAUCACCAACGAGUGUAACUGUAAUCUUGCCAAGCAGAUCUCCGAGGUUUCAGGCCCGGCAAACAAAAUAUUCAUCGUUCAUGGCAAGAGCAUAGUCGAGCACUUGGACCAUCAGGACUCAUCCGAAGCUGCAGUCGACAUCGCAAUCGAAGCGGUCACCAAGGGCGUAGGCUCCGCAGAGAGGAAGAUUGUUCGACACGGAGGUGAGCUUCACCUCGGACGCUAUUCGCGCCCGCCAGUGGUCGCCAUCUGCUCCAAGUCUCGGCACAUACCACUUCAUGCUCGCGUCGAUGACGAGGAUACCGCUAGUGAAGAUGAUCUCAAGCACCACGUUGUUGAUCUACACACUUCAGAGCAGCCAAUGUCUGCCUCUAUUAUGAGCUGCGAGCUUCACGAGACGGGAUUGUCGCAUCUAGCGAAGGACGGCGUGAUAGACAUAUUCGUUGUCAACCGCACAACCGCUGGGACAGCAUCUACCACGAUUGGACGUAGUGCCAUCUUCCGCGCUCGACCGCACUGGGAACCGUCCAUCUCACAGAGUCCGCGAGGGGUCGCCAUGUUCCUCUCUUCAUUGCGCGUGUUCACCUCUUUGGUCUCUGCCGCAGAUUCCGAUAGGCGAAACAAAGACGCUAUUCUACAUCUGAUGGAUCUGAUCUCGAACUUCCCUCCGUGCGUCCGCGCUUUGCUGCUUCUCAUUGAUGGAAAGACCAUCUCGCCCCCGGAGAGCGCAGCGAUUGCCCACGCUGUCUAUGAGGCGCUUCAUAGCGCCCUCAUACCCACUGGAAUAAUCGGUUCAGACACUACCAGGGUCUUCGAAGGCUCUCGCUUGCUCUUUGGGUUUAUUCUCGAGAAGGCUAGAACGACGAAGCUCUCCUCUUCCACAGCUGCUGAAGAUGAUUUGCCCUAUCUCGCAUCCCUCGAAUCGCUCAAUGUGAGGGAUUUGAAGACAGGCGAGGCUGUGCUUCAUCCCGUCCAGACAAAGUCCGGGCUUCUGGAACGCUCUCUAUUUUCAGCUUUCGACGAAGGCGGCGUGCUUGCACACAGUCAUCUACAGCCGCGUCUUGCACAGAUUGAGACUCCUUCUGCUGUUGGGCGUCACGCGCUGCUAGCUGGCGGCGCGAGUCCUACAGUAUUGAUCUUCAAUGUCAGCCGCCUGGUAGCAGAUUACCGCUAUCCUGAUGCGGGUCACCCGCAGGGCGCUUUCGACGAAGGCGAGCUGUCUCAACUGAGCCACUUGGCAGAAGUGGCUGCUCGUAAUCAGCUUUCUGUUCACAAACCCACGCAACUGGCUUCGGCGGUGGCGCCAUGCCUUACGUUCGAUCGCAAUGCUCACCUCGCCGUCUACACUGGACAACAGGCAUGCGGUGCCCCUGGAGAAUCGAAUCUUGUCUUCCGGCCGUCGCUGGGCGAGAGCACCAUGAACAGCACUGUCGUAGAGCAGCUCAUCGCUCCAAUAAUUAAGCAGUACGAAUCGGACGGCUCUGCCGUGUUUGACUCCUUCGGAGGCGCCGUGCUGAGGCUCCUGCAGGCGCCAGACGAGCUGCUGUUCUUUUGCGUCGACACGAGCGCUUCGAUGCGAACGUCCAGUGACUUCCGCGAAGUGAACGAGCAGCACCCAGAUGUCGAGCCGGAUCUCUGUGUACAGGACAUUGUCGAUGCUGAGGUCUAUGCCACCGUGACGUUUGACACGAUGAAAGACUGUCUGAGCAAAUACGAAGCCUUCAAAGACAUGUUGGGUAUUCUUGUUUCUGAGAAUGACAGCAAAAAGCAGCGCGGGCUUGCCUCUGAAAUCAUCGAUAUGUACCGUAUGCUUCUCGGUCAAGAGAUCGUCGCAAAGCACGAACGCAUGAUGAAGGACCGAGACAAUGCGCGAAGUUAUUUUGCCCGUCAAGCCAUCAUCGACGCUGAAUCGACACUGAACGGACUGAAGGCUCAAUGGGCAGGCUGCCAGACACACCACGAAGCUCUUCAAGACUUCUUGAUCUAUCGUGCGAACAGCUCUGCCGAUAUCAACGUUGAGUGGUAUUGGAGUGUAGGAAGCGAUGUUCCAGCCCGCGCGCCUCCAACUCGCCUUCCAACUCUUUCGGAGGAUUUGGCGAGUGUGCCGCACGAACUUCGAUGCCCCAUCUCCUAUGCCCUUUUGGAAGAUCCUGUACAAGCCGUCGAUGGAUUCACGUAUUCGCGCUCAGCAAUUGAACAAUGGUUUGGCGUUCGGACAUCCUCUCCAAUGACGGGUCUACCUCUGCAAUCUCAGGCAUUGGUUGCCAAUGAUGAGCUGGCUUCCGCUGUCGUUUCGUGGAUCCGUGGAGCCGAUAUGCAAGAGGCCUCGCAGCCCCCAGCCAAGAAGGCUCGCCUAAGUCUGCCAGAACAGCAUGCUAAAAUCACUUUUCUCAGUAAGGAUGGCGCCUUCGACCGGGAGAUUACCCCUGAAACAACUGUGGCCGACCUAUACCAGCUGGCGUUUCGUGGAAUGAAAGCCCGUUUCAUGGUAUUCCAGCUUGCGCUGCACGAUUCUACCCCUCUCGACCCAUCUUCUUCCCUAGCACACUCGCACAACAUCCAUGAUGGCGACCAGAUCUUCAUACGAAUCGCAGACGAGAACUCAACCAGGAGCGGAGAAUCUUCUCACUCAGCCUCUGGAAGUGGUCAGGCAGAGGGCCACGCUCUAAUAAAGGUCUAUCGUAAUGACCAAGUCAAUUUCUCGUUCUGGGUGCCACGCUCGACUUCUGGUACAACGCAAUCCAUCAUCUGGAAGUACUGGCGCUACCAGUAUGAGACUGUGGGUUGGCUUGGCCUUCGAGAGGUCCAGAUUUGGACUGGUCUAUACAGCAACGGGGAUGGCCUGAUGACUGGUAUGCCUCGCGACCAUACUGAUCCUAUGUCCUGGUACCUCAAACGCGGUUUGUACAAUGGCAGGCUCGAAGAUGAACCGCUUUGUGGCGAAGAAGCUACGGCGCAGAAUGGUCAAGCGAGUGAUAACACGAAGCCGCUAGUCAUAAAAGUCGACGUCCAGGCCAUUCGCAAGACAUCGAGCAGGGAAGCAGCCGACCUGAGCCGCCUCGAUGUUCUCAAGCAGAUGUUCGAGGCUUACAUCAAUCGUUCGAUCGCAUACGGGUACAAGGUGCACAUGGGACUUGUCACUUUUAACACAACCGCCGCGGUAAAGACCUCGCUGACCCAUGUUAUCGAGAACUUCCGGAACGCAAUCUCGAACAUGGAGGCGGAGGGAGACACCGCGCUGUGGGAGGCAGUGGCACUGUGCCACGACCAACUCAACGAAUAUGCUGAGAAGUACCCACAAGCUAAGAAACGCAUUGUCGUCAUAAGUGAUGGCGACGAUACCAAGUCAGUCUUCAACAAUCCAGCUGCGCUGACCUUCAACCUGCGUGAAGACAAAGUUGUCGUUGACUCCGUUUCUCUGGGCAAUGCAGACAGUGGGGAUUUGCGCACACUGUCGCAACUCACCGGCGGAUAUCGCUUCAAGCCGACUUCACUGGUGAAUGCACUGUCGAUGGUGGAAAUGGAGCCUUUCCUGUCAUUGCUCGAGCGCCCGGAAUCUGCUUAUGCCAUUCCGACAGGUGCUCCUAUUUUCCUUCCCGCUUUCAAAGGCUUCUUUGAUGCGUACAGUAUGUACCGGGUGCGCACGGCGACUGUCACAGGCGAUAAUUACCCAGCCAGAAAGGCCCACGCCAACCUCGAAGAUGACUUCAUCGAACUGGCAGCAGCAUCUAUGCGUCCAAUGCUGACGAGCCAGAGCUCCGGCCGCAGCAACUUCCGUACCACUCGACUCAUGAAUGAGAUGAGAGCCAUCGCAUCUGGCUACGAGCAACGCUCUUAUGAUGUCUACGUAUCUGAGAGCGACAUGUCCUUCUGGAAAGUGGUCAUGUCAGGUCCAGAAGGCAGCCCCUAUGAGCACGGCACAUUCUUGCUGUACUUGCACGCUGGUGACACAUACCCUACCUUCGCACCAGAGGCCCGUUUCGUCACCCGCAUGAUGCACCCGAAUGUCAACGCUCAUGGUCGCAUCUGCCACGCUCUGCUGUCGCGCGACUGGACCUCCGACAUCAGCAUGACCAUGCUGCUCGACACCAUCUUCGGCCUUCUCAUGCAGGCAGAAGUCAGUGAUCCAAUCAACACUACCAUCGCUCUCGAUUACCACCACGAUCAAGUCGACUUCGCAGAAGAGGUUCGUGCUCAUGUCCGCAAGCACGCAUCGAAGACCCGCGACCAAUGGAAGAAGGAUCUACUUUGAGAAGAUAGGGCGUGCCUUCUGGAAGAACUGACCAUUUUGGCCCAACUUGUUGUCUUAGCAUGACUGGUGAGUAUGGUACGUUUACCAGAGCCAUGAUUACCUGGGAGAUAAGGCGCUGAAUGAAAGACACGAGAUGCUUUGAUGCCACACGAUGGGCACACGAAGAGCAUUGACACAAGAGGAAGUAGCUGAGCCAGUCAGUCUGGUCAUGCGAACUAGAUAGAAAAACCUCAACGCUGUUACCUCGAACGACGUAUCUUCUCUCAUCCCCUUCUACGAAAGUCC